CUCCAUGAGUCCGCUGAUGAGCUUCAAAGUUGUGAAAUGCUCCAUGAGUCCGCUGAUGAGCUUCAAAGUUGUGAAAUGCUCCAUGAGUCCGCUGACUUAUACUUGAGAUGAUACUAUCUGGCAGUACGGGGUCAAUCGUAUAUAAGCCAGCAUGUCAAGAUGCGGUAUACGUAGUCCAGCUGCACUCUUCUCUUUGACCACUCGACAUGGCUUUACCGGAGGCUUUCAGCAUCUAUGAGACUCGGACUUCCGAUCAAAGUAUACUUGCUGAAGACCGAAUGCUCCCCGGAACCCUUCGUGACACGUCCUUUUUAACGAGAGUACUUUGCCUUUUUGCACUAGGACGCCUCGAUCUUGAAGCCCAUUGGGGAUCAUUGCAAUCUGAGGAGGCAUUCAAGAACGUGAGGGAAAAGCUAUGUUCUAUCCUGACCAACACUAUCACCGCAGCGGGUCUACUUCUCGCGACAAGUGGUGUUUUCGUGACCACUGUCUCUCCCGCUCCGUAUUUCGACUACACGUCGCCCGCCCCCUAUUUUCUACUCUUCAUAUCACUCAUGAUGGCCAUGAUUGCAAUGUUGACGUCUGGCUUGAGCAUGAUGCGUUGGCUACACGCCGAUCGGCAGUGCACGCAAGAACAAAUCAAGCCGGGCGGUUUUUUCCUCUUGUCAUAUCUCUUAUCGAUGGUCAUGCCCAUGUUCUUUGUUGGUUUGUCCCUGAAUUGCUUCAUAUUUGCGAUGUUGAUCGCAGGCUUCUACUCUCAAGACACUGUCUGUCGCAUCCUCACCGCGGUCUGGCUCGUCGCAUACGUCGUCAGCGUUGGGUCAAUGUCGAUCGAAUUUAUGUGGAAGUUUGCCAAGUGUUUCAAGUUACUCUGAUCUAGACACCAUCAGGAGUCUCCACCCACAUUGGGCCUGCUUGUUGGUUACACAUACAGUAAGGCAUAGCCCUAGCCCAGCAUGGUGGGCGAUACUUAGGCGGAAACUGCGUGCUUCAUUUGUAAUACCAAAGAAAUAUUUAGUUGCCUGUGCCAAUCUUUACAUCGGAUCGAAUCACC